UCUUAUGUUUAAUUUGAUUUAAAAAAAAAUCAAAAAGACAAAUAAACUGAAGAUACGUCUCUUAAUUUGGUACCAGAAGAGCCGUCUCUUCACCUUCCUCUCUGUCUCUCUCCACUCCCUCUCCCAUGGCUGCUUCUUCUACCUUCUCCUCAUCAGCUCUUCUCUCAAACAACCGCACUCCACCGCCAUGCUGCUCUGUCAGACCGUCUAUCUCUUCCUCCCCGAUGCUCAUCGUGAAAUCGCACCUGAGAGGAGAAGACUCGUCGUGAAAUCAACCGUCGGCGAAGUCUCCUUUCGCGAACCGGAGACAUCUAGAGACAACGAGGAAAUCAAAUCUCUGAAACUCAAGUUAAUGAGUGUGGUCUCGGGGUUGAACAGAGGAUUCGUGGCGAGUGUAGAUGAUCUACAAAGAGCUGAGACUCAACGCUUGUUCUUCGCAUCAUCUACUAAUUUCGUUUACGCCCUUCACCUCUCUUCCUUCCAAAAUGGGAGAGAAUGUGCGAAGGGUUUGCCUGUGGAGAUCUGCAGUAUUGAUUUGGAGGCAGGAGAUUUCAUCACCGCCUUUGAUUAUCUUGCGGAGAAGGAGUCUCUCUUAAUUGGGACUUCUCGUGGGCUUCUGAUUGUGCAUGAGGCUAGCAAGAUUGAAGCUCAACUUGACGAGCAGAUGCAUUUGUACCACAGACUUGUUUCCACAAAGUCUGACGGUGAAGAGAGUGAUCUUGAAGCUGGGAUUGACUUAUUACUAAGGCAACUUCAACAAGUUAAUGCUCAGAUGCAAGCAUGGGUUUCUUCUGGUGGUUCAGAGAUGGUCUCUCAUACCUUAACUCGGCAUCAGGAGAUCGUUCAAGACCUCACACAGGUAAUGUUCCAUUUAAUACUUACUUCAUUUUUGUAGCUUCGGUUGUUCAAAUGCUGAUUAGCAAUGGAAUAUAUGUUAUCUUUUCGACCAUCAUUUUGUAGUUUUAUGAUUCAACCUUUGUUGCAAAA